AUGUACGAAGGGAUUGACAACCUGAAAUCCCUUUACGACCGUGCCGGGAAGACUUUCUCCGGCGGUCCUUCUGCGGCACAGGAUGUGCCGCGUCGUACUGCUCGACCAGACCCAGUACGUCAAUCAUCAGUUGGGAGCGGGGCUCCCAAGUAUCCCAGGACGGGGGAUAGCCGCGCCACCGGACGAGAUAACUCGUCCGACGUCCGUUCACGUCGCGGUGGUUCAACAGCUGCUCAACCAGAUAGCGCUGGCCACCGCGAGAGUCCUCUAAUGGAGGUGGAGGAGGAGGGAAAACGCUCUCCAAACUAUCUUGGGGAAGCGUGUGUCCCCGAGAGCCUCUUUGAUCGCGUAACGCAAGCGUUACGCGGCGAUCUCGAACAUGAGCGGGACAGGCGUCUCCAACUGGCGGACACUGUCUUGAAGCAUCGAGCUGAGUUUGCCUUUGCUCAGCUUGAGAACGAGAGAGCUCUGACAUCUCUGCGUGACGAGCUAAGGGUAGCUCGUGGGAAUGUUGAUCGGUCUCGGGCUGAGAUAACUGCUCUUCAGACCCUUGUCGAUAUCCACCAUCGGGAGCACAAGGCCCUCUGUGAGAUGCUUGAACGCAAGGGCGUUCUUCAUCGGAAGAAACAGCGUACUGAUGGUACGGCUUAA